GUGAUAGAAAGUCGUACACCAGUCACAAAAAUUGAAGAGCACACAAGCCACUGAAAAUUGAAGAGCGGGCGAUCGGAGAAAAUCGUAGCCGCCGCACAUACCCCCUCUUCCGCUUUCUCUUCAAAAUUAUUUCCAAAAAGGGAAGAAAAGAGCAAAAAGGAGGGAUGUCAGACCUAGACCGGCAAAUCGAGCAGUUGAAGAACUGUGAACCACUCAAAGAGUCUGAAGUCAAGGCUCUCUGCUUGAAAGCCAUGGAAAUCCUCGUCGAAGAGAGCAACGUUCAAAGAGUCGAUGCUCCUGUCACUAUAUGUGGCGACAUCCAUGGACAGUUUUAUGACAUGAAAGAGCUAUUCAAGGUAGGUGGUGACUGCCCAAAGACUAAGUACUUGUUUCUUGGAGAUUUUGUGGACAGAGGCUUCUAUUCUGUAGAGACCUUUUUGCUUUUACUUGCCCUCAAGGUAAGGUAUCCUGAUCGGAUAACAUUGAUUAGGGGGAAUCACGAGAGCCGACAGAUCACACAGGUGUAUGGAUUCUAUGAUGAGUGUCUGAGGAAGUAUGGUUCUGUCAAUGUUUGGAGAUAUUGCACCGAUAUAUUUGAUUACCUAAGUUUGUCUGCGCUUAUUGAGAACAAAAUAUUUUCAGUUCAUGGUGGUCUGUCUCCCAACAUCAACACAUUAGAUCAGAUUCGGACAAUUGACCGGAAGCAAGAAGUGCCCCAUGAUGGUGCCAUGUGUGACCUCCUGUGGUCAGACCCGGAGGACAUUGUUGAUGGGUGGGGUCUGAGUCCACGUGGUGCUGGUUUCUUGUUUGGUGGCAGUGUUGUUACUUCUUUUAACCACACCAAUAAUAUCGAUUACAUUUGUCGUGCACAUCAAUUGGUAAUGGAAGGUUUUAAAUGGAUGUUUAACAACCAGAUUGUUACUGUCUGGUCAGCCCCAAAUUACUGUUACAGGUGUGGUAAUGUGGCUGCUAUUCUUGAACUGGAUGAGAAUCUUAACAAACAGUUCCGAGUAUUUAAAGCAGCUCCACAGGAAUCAAGAGGCGCCCCGGCUAAAAAACCACCACCAGAUUACUUUCUAUGA